AUGCCCCGGAGCCCCACCUCCAGUGAGGAUGAGAUGGCUCAGAGCUUUUCCGACUACUCCGACGACUGUGCCUCCGACAGCUCCCGUGAAGAGACCAUUUACGAGACUAUAAAGGCAACCGCCGAGCCCUUGCAGAGCCGCAUGGACGACAUUCACAUAAACUCGCUGGUCAUCCGCAUCCUCAUCCCCGACCUGCAGCAGACAAAGUGCAUGCGGUUCAACCCCAAUGCAACGGUCUGGGUUGCCAAGCAGAGGAUCCUGUGUACGUUAAACCAGAGUCUGAAGGACGUCCUCAACUAUGGACUUUUCCAGCCAGCCAGUAACGGGAGGGACGGCAAGUUCCUGGAUGAGGAACGCAAUCUCAGAGAGUACCCCCAGCCAGUCAGCAGGGGCGUCCCAUGUCUGGAGUUCCGCUAUAAGAGCAGAGUGUACCGACAACCCAAUGUGGAUGAAAAACAAAUCGCCAAACUUCAUACAAAGGCCAAUCUGAGGAAAUUCAUGGACCUCAUCCAGCACAAUCAGGUGGACAAAGUGUCAAAGUUCUUGGAGAGAGGCUUUGAUCCAAACUACCAGGACAGUGACACUGGAGAGAGCCCGCUGACGUUUGCAGCUCACUUGGAUAACGUGGUGGAUAUCAUCAAAGUCCUGAGGAACGGAGGAGCUCACCUGGACUUCAGAGCCAAAGACGGCAUGACGGCCCUGCACAAAGCUGCACGCUCCAAGAACCUGGUCACCCUGACGACCCUGCUGGAGUUGGGGGCUUCUCCAGACUACAAGGACAGUCGUGGUCUGACCCCUCUGUAUCACUGCGCUGUGGUCGGGGGAGACCCUGGCUGCUGCGAGCUCCUGCUCAACCACCACGCCUUCGUCUGCUGCCAGGAUGAGAACGGCUGGCAUGAGAUUCACCAGGCCUGCCGUCAUGGCCAUGUGCAGCACCUGGAACAUCUGCUGUUCUACGGAGCAGACAUGAGCGCCCAGAACGCCUCGGGAAACACUGCGCUCCACAUCUGUGCCCUCUAUAACCAGGAUAACUGUGCCAGAGUGCUUCUUGUCCGUGGAGCCGACAAAGAAGUGAAGAACUACAACAGCCAGAGUCCAUUCCAGGUGGCCAUUAUUGCCGGGAACUUUGAGCUUGCUGAACUCAUCAAGAACCACAAAGAGUCUGAUAUAGUGCCUUUCCGUGAGGCUCCAGCCUACUCCAAGCGCCGCCGGGGUCCGUCUUCUGGCAGCGGAAACGACCAGUCCCCCUCCUCGCUCUCGGCGCCGCGGGUCCUCCUGCGCUCCAACAGCGACAACAACCUAACAGGUCACGCGCAGCCUGGCUCGGCAGCAUUACACCGCAGCCUGUCACCCCAGCUGCUCCAGCAGAUGCCCAGCGGCAGCCCCAAUGGCAAUGUGGUGGUACGGACCAUGGGGAGGGGGGCGAGGAGCCGGUCUCCCUCCCUCAGCCGGCUGGGGGAGGAGGCCAGACGAGCAGUACCUUCACAACGACAGCCCAGCCCGAGCAGUCACGACAAAGCAGUGGGCCCCAGGAGGAAGCUGUACAGUGCUGUUCCUGGCAGACAUUUUGUGGUGGUUCGAUCGUACACCGCUCAGGCCGAGGGAGAAAUCAACCUGUACAAGGGCGACAGGGUUAAAGUUCUGAGCAUCGGGGAGGGGGGUUUCUGGGAGGGCAGCGCCCGCGGCCAGGUGGGCUGGUUCCCAGCCGACUGUGUGGAGGAGAUCCCGGCCAAGGCCACUGAGGAGAGGAGCUAUUCCCGAGCAGACCGCGCUGACAGACGGAAGCUCUUCAGACAUUACACUGUGGGCUCCUACGACAGCUUCGAUGCCUCCAGUGACUGCGUGGUGGACGAGAAGACCGUGGUGCUCCAGAAGAAGGAGAAUGAGGGCUUUGGAUUCGUCCUGCGGGGGGCAAAAGCGGAUACACCCAUUGAGGAAUUUACUCCUACGCCCGCCUUUCCCGCGCUGCAGUACCUGGAGUCGGUGGACGAGGGAGGGGUGGCAUGGCAGGCGGGACUCAGGACGGGGGACUUCCUCAUCGAGGUGAACCAGGAGAAUGUGGUGAAGGUGGGACACAGACAGGUGGUCAACAUGAUCCGCCAGGGGGGCAACCGGCUCCUGAUCAAGGUGGUGACGGUGAGCCGGAAUCUGGACCCUGAGGAUACAGCACGCAAAAAAGCUCCCCCUCCACCAAAGAGAGCCCCCACCACGGCCCUGUCCAUGCGCUCCAAGUCCAUGACUUCUGAACUGGAGGAACUCGUGGAUAAAGCCACUCUAAGGAAAAAGAAAGGUGAUGCGCAGAAGAAGAGGAUUGUUUUCCAAGUCACUCUAAAUAAAGUUGAAGAGAUGACGCACGCCCAGAAGGCCACGCCUGUUGAUAUGAAGAUCGCUACAAUCAAACCACGUCCAUCCAGUCGCUGUUUAGUGACGCCAACGGACUUGAAUUCCAUGUAUCACGACCGCCAGGGAGUUGCAGUGGUGCCACCCACCGUGCCCGGGGCCUUCCUGGGGAUACCUGAGAAGGGCACGAUGAAGAAGCAGAAGUCUAUAGGUACUGAGGAUGACAAGCAGGGAUACCUUACUCCACCCCUACUCAAGUUCUCCCGCAGCCUCUCAAUGCCCGACACCUCGGAGGACAUUCCUCCUCCCCCAGCCAUUUCACCUCCUUCACCACCAGGCUACAACUCUGGCCCUGCAUCCAAGAAUUACGGCACCACACGACCAAGCUUCACCCAGAACUCCCCCAAUGCAGUCACGACCAUUAGCAGGGACGUUGGUACAUUAAGACGUGGAUAUUACCGGCAGAGCUCGGAGCAGUUUGAGAGCACACGAAUCAGAGGGCGCACGCCUGUGCCAGAGAACCCUUACUCUGAAGUAGGCAAUAAGACUUUGUAUGUUCCAGCAAAACCAGCUCGAAGAAAGGGCAUGUUGGUGAAGCAGUCCAAUGUUGAGGACAGUCCUGAAAAACACAUGCCAGCAAGCCCAUCAGGCCCAGUUUCCAUGCCCACGACACCUGUAGAACGAACAUGCUCCUCCAUCCCAAUCCCCACCAUCAUCGUUAAGGAGCCCUCCACCAGCAGCAGUGGCAAGAGCAGCCAGGGUAGCAGUAUGGAGAUCGAGCCCACUACCCCAGAACACCCACCUCUCACGCCUCAUGUUGGUGGAAGUGGAGGUUUGCGCCCUGAAGACCCACUAUCUUUAAACAAUCCCUUUGCGGCAGCUAUUGCCGGAGCAGUCCGGGACCGCGAAAAGAGGUUAGAGGCAAAAAAGCACUCCAUAGCCUUCCAGUCGAUAGACAUGGGGGAUGAUGACACCAGUAGUCCCACACCCACCCCUCGCCUUCGCCAGUCAAAGUCCAUCGAUGAAGGCAUGUUCAGUAGCGAUGAGCGCCUUAAAAGAAUAUUGGCUCCCCCUCCUGCAUCACAGCUAGGUCGACCUGUUGGGGGUGGAAGUGGGAACAUGACUGAUUUCAACACUCCUGAGCCAACAGUGGUACGAGAGCCUCUAAACACCAGAACAGGCCAGUGUCAAAACCUGGACAGUCCUGUGAGUCUCCCAUCAACCCCUCCUAAGAGCCACUACAGGGCCAAUGGGACCUACCUCCAUCCUGUCACCGGCAAGCCCUUGGACCCUAAUUCUCCACUGGCUUUGGCCCUGGCAGCUCGUGACCGUGCCAUGAAGGAGCAACAGAAUCAUCCUCAGAAUCAGACACAAAAUCCUCCUCAGGUUCAGCAAACAUCCAAGCAUGAAGCUCAGUCUCUCCCCAUCCAGUCAAGUCAUAAACCAGACCUCAACCAACCAUUGUUCAUUGACACCAAACUACGCUCUGGGAUUGAGACGAGUUAUGCUGCAAUCUCAUCCGCAACUAUGGGGCGACCUGGCCGAGGCGGCCUGCAGAGGCAGAUGACCGAACAGAAGUAUGAAUCGGAUGGGGCACGGGAGGAGCGGCAGCAUCAGGCGGUUGAAGAAAGGAAAAGUGCGCCAGCUGAUGUGGCAGACACAUCGCAGCCCAAGUCUGCAGGGCUGUUGAUGGUCCACACCAGCACUGAUGCAAAUAACAAGGUGAACAACCAGGAAGUGGAGGGCCAGGACAGCAACAGGCCAUCUGAGCUAAAGGACCCCAACCAACCUGAUCCUCUGAAAGCAACACUGUCCAAUCCGCAGCCUCCCACAUCCCGGAGGAGGAGCAUUCCUAUGGGUGGUGAGUCGCUGGAUGAACCAGUGAAGCUGCCUUUCAGGAUCCCCCCUCCUCCUCUUGCUUCAGUCGACGUUGAUGAGGAGUUUGAAUUCUCAGAGCCCCUUCCGCCACCAUUGGAGUUUGCCAACAGUAUUGACAUACCUGAUGACCAGGCUAGUGCCAUUGCAGAAAUGCUUCAGCAACAGAGACGGAACGGGGGACCUCCUCUCCCCCCAUACCACGCUCAUGCCCCUCCUCCUGUAACUGAUCAACACAAACGGGUGGCAAACAACAUGCCCCCAUCAUACCCUCCUCCUCCACCAGAUGCAGAAUCAGGGGUAGGUGACUCGGGAAUCGAGGAGGUGGACAGCCGCAGUAGCGGAGAUCCUCAGCACAUGGAGACCACCAGCACCGUUUCCAGCCUCUCCACACUGUCAUCAGAGGGCGGCUUCUGUGACAGCGCUCUGGAGAGCCUCUAUGCUACCGCAGACGGCCACGCCUUCCUGGUAGAUCGGCCCCCUGUACCACCCAAACCCAAGGGCAAGUCGGUCAUUAACAGAACAUCCCUCUACCAUGACGCUCUAAUCGAGGAGCCUCCGGAGUCCUACGGGACCCCACCACAGGCUCCUCCUGCUACCCCUUCAUCCUCUGAACCUCCUAGGACUCCUACUCAAAGGACAUCCAAGCUGUGGGGCGAUCAGGCCCCAGAGCUGCGAAGUCCACCAUCCACACCGGACUCCAAAAACACCGUCAUUACUGAGCUGAGCUCCAUCCUGCAGCAAAUGAAUCGCGACCGACCGGCCAAGCCAGGAGAAAGCCUCGACUCCCCCACAGGGACCAGGGGGGGCUUCGGAACAAGACCUCCAACAGAAGACUCAGGAAUGCGAAACAACGUGGCUGCUGCUCUAACCUCCACCCCUCCCAGCAGCCUCCCAUCACAGACGCACCCCCUUAGUCCGCCAGACUCCGCCUCCUCCCUCACCCCCUGCUCCUCACUGCCACCCUCCGUGUCCCCCACCCUCACCGACGUCUUCGGCCUGCCCACCCCACCCAUGGGCAGCGGCGGCGGCUACAGCCUGAGCUCCUCGUGUGGAGGCAGCGGGAGCUCUCGCUCCCCUUCACCGCUCACUCUGAUGCAGGCAGUGGCAGCCUCGGGGAAGCCCUUUGCCUCCAAACCCAUGGAGCUGUGGAGCAAACACGACGUGGCUGACUGGCUGGAGAGCCUGAACCUGGGGGAGCACAGGGACGCCUUCCUGGACAAUGAGAUCGAGGGCGCACACCUGCCAUCGCUGCAGAAAGAGGAUCUGAUCGACCUGGGCGUGACGAGGGUGGGCCACCGCAUGAACAUCGAGAGGGCCCUGAAGCUGCUGCAGGACAGAUAAGCCCAGAGGAGAUGGGUGGAGACGUUUGGAGUCAGGGCCGAGGAGAGGGAGGUGUUAAUGCUCACUUUUACUCUUCAUCAGACAUAUUCUCAAGUCGUGGAUCUGGGUAGAAGUUUUGUCCAAGCUGAUGCUGCCUCUUGCUGUUUUUGUCCUCUCUCAUCCUCCGUCGCCCUCAUUCAGUGCUCCGGUCUUGUCCGCCCUCUUCCUCCUCCCCCCCGCCCUGAGCACCAGGGGAUCAUGGGAUGUCGGACGGGACUGUCGGGAGAGAAAGAAGAGAAUAGCUGCUAUGUCACAUCAAGGAGAGCAAAAGCAGAGGAGGCCAGUGCAAAGGACUGAAACAAAAACUGGAAUAGUUUGAACUCAAACACUGGAAGAAACACUCGUCUGGAAGUUUCUUUCUCAUAGACUCGUGCUCACCCAACUGCUUUGGAAUACUAAAGACUUUUUCCAUGCACCCCGGUGUGGGUGCAUGAAAACCAGCUGAGCUGGUUGUUGCUCCUUUUCUAUCUUUGCUAGAGUUUGUUCAGAGAAUAAUAUUUCUUCACUAGAGUCCUACCGGAGUUAUAUUUCUGGGUGCAUCUAAGGUUGUAGAGAAAAAUUUGCGAUAGACUCCAUUUUUCUUGCUUUUCACCUGUUUGUGUCAAAAUAAGAACAUUAGAUGACAUGUUUAAAGAAAUAUUUAACAAUAUCUCAUGACCACACAGACACCUUAUGCACAGAGAAUUAAGGAGAACACACACUGUUCUGCACUCACAUACACACCCUAAGCACGUAUACACACACCGAUACUUCGAUGGCCUUCUUCUCCAGAGAGAGAGCAAAGCAUGGAGAGAGGUGGUCACCAGAGGAGGAGCUACGCUGUAGCAGACCACACCCACCCAGUGUCCACCUCAUCACACAAGGAAAAGUGAGGCAAGGGCACGAGGUACGAGACGGACAGACAAACGUUGGACCAGUAAAAUUGUCACAUUGAAAUGGUUUAACCAGCUUUUCUGUCUGUAAAGGGCACACUCGUCCCUCUUGGCUUUUCCUUCUACUUCAGUGUGUGUGUUUGUGAGUGUGUAUUUGCGUGUGAGAGUGUGUCUGUCAAGGGUUGACCCAAAUUAUUAAGGCCAGUUUAGCUCUUUCCAUGGAUCUGAUAUAUAGGCCACAGUAUAGGGAAAGUAGAGCUGUUCUUUACUUUUGUACUUUACUUUUCUCAUUCUGUCAAACCUCCCAUCACUUCACCGUUAGCAGGUCGACACUUGGUGUUAAUAUGGCCCCACACUAAUGCUAAUGUAUCAAACACCCUAUGUGUACGUGGUAGAAGUUGAUGUUUUUUUUAAAGAGAGAGUUGCAUGGUAUGUUAAAAGAAAACUUUGACAUUUUGGGGAAACAGCUUAUUGAAUAUGUCAGGUGGGAGUUAGAUGAGAAGAUUGAUGCGCUCAUGUUUGAGCUGAGGAUGGCUUGCUCUGUAUAAAAAAUGAACGCAGGAAGCCUGUCAUUGUGCAGAGUUUAAGCUAAAUAUAUGACAACCCCCCUGAGGAGCUCACUGAGACUGCAGAAUCUGUACAAGAGGGGCAAGAUAUUGGAAGUUAGUCGCUAUUGCCAUUUCCUUUCCUGUUCUAUGAAAUAACCUCCAGUAACAUCUUUAUUUCAGCCCAGAACAAGAAGGAAAUAGUCAAUGUGGAAACCAAGGGGUUUACAAAAUUUAAUCCAAUCCCAAAACCAAUUGGACAUCCCCAGGCAACAGUUAAGCCUUUAUUGAUCUCUAUAAAAAAGUAUGUGCAUUUAAUUUCAGGUAACAGUCCUGUUGUGGAUGUUUAAUUCUUUCUCCUUUCUUGUCUCUUGCUAGACUGUAAAUAAUGGAAAUGGGAGUCUUUCAGUGCAGACAAAUGUAACUUUUCUGACCCCCUUAUUUUGCCUUGUUUGUAGAGGAAUGGUAAACAAGAGUAAUUAAGGAAUGUGUCUGCACUUUUCCUCUAAAUAUCCUUUGGUGUUUCUCUAAAAAUUGCUAUGGCCUAAGCCAGGGGUGUCCAAACUUUUUCCACAGCGGGCCACAUACAGAAGGACAGUAGGGCCGCUUUUUUAUUUCUCACCAUGAGGAUUUUAAAGUUUGUAAGAUUAAUCCAAUUUAAGUUAAUAAAUGCUUAAUGACUGAGUAUGCCUUAAUGGCUAGUUGAUGGCUGACAGGGCAAAUAGACAGUCAUUUUUAGGAUUUUGGGGAGCCAGAUUUCAGGGGGCCUGUUGAGCCUUGGCUACCACUGGCUCUGCCCUGAAAAAUUAUUGGUGAGGCUAUUUGUUGUGAUAAUCCAUCAGGGCAUUAUUAAUCAAGAUAUCUUCUUGUCAAAAUGUUUGUUUACGGAUUUAACAUGGUGAAACCAGGAAGUACAAUACAGUUAAGCACAUUCUUCAUGUUUUAAUGUGGGCCAUAUUUCAUUUUAGCGCUACAGUUUUCUGCAGGCCAAUCAAAAAUGGCCCUGGGGCCCCAUUUGGCCCCGGGCCAUAGUUUGGACACCCCUGGCCUAAGCCAUCAACAUUGGCCACCACCCCUGGAGGUGAGUUACAGCCAUUUUGCAUAAAAUGACAACAUAGUGUGACCCAAGAAGAACUUUAACAUCAACACAACAAUCUCUGUGAACAAGGCCUACAGCGUCACGUCUGAUUGGUUGUCAGAGUCCACCGGUGAGUUUGGGUUGGUCCACAGCUUCAGUCGGAUUAAAAACCUCCACACCAAUGGACUGAUUUCUGCAGUGUUGUCCAGGGUCAUUUGAUCCCGGGGUCCUAUGUUCCCAGGGGUUUGGAUACAAGACUUCUAAAUUCCCAUAAGCCUGUUUUCCACGUGUCCUUGUUUCCCAGGGUCCUAUGGUUCUUGGGUCUUCAGUGUCCUGUAGUCCCAGGGUCCUAGGUUCCAGAGUUUCCAGGGUCCCUCUUCAGUAAGGCCCCAUGUUCUCAGAGCAAUGUGUUUCCAGAGUUCCAAGGCUCCAAGCUCAGAUGGUCCUAAUGGUCCUAUAAUCUUAAAGUCCUCAGUGUAAUUUGAUCCCAGGGUCCUAAGGGUUUCUGUGCUCCUAUAAAUCUGUGUUUCAGGGUCCAAUAUUACCAGAAUUUCCAUGUACCCACUUUCUUAAAGCCCUAAGUUCAGAGGGUCCUAAAGGUUAUAAUCCCCGGGUCUGAUGUUUCCCAAGAUUUUUGUGAACGGCCUCUCUAUGGAUGGUUCUGUUCUCAAUGAAUCCAUGCUCCCAUUGAUCUCAGGGUUCUUUGAUCCCUGCGUCCAGUAAUCCCAAGGUCCUGUUUCCAAGGGAUCUAUAUUCUUAGGGUUCACAGGAUCCUUAUGGUCCAGCCUUCCCAGGAUCCAGAGUUUGAUGUUCCCAGAGUUUUAUGUCCCCAGGGUCCUUGGUUACCAUGGUCUAAUGCUCUUUGGGUCCCCAAGGUCCUAGAUUCUUCUUGAAUGCCCCCUUUUCCACAAGUCUCAUAUCUUCAGAGUUUCCAGGGUCCUAUUUCUUAAGGUUCUAUGUUCUCAGGGUCCUACUUUCCUGAGGUUCUUUAUUUCCACGGUCUUCAGGGUCACUUUAUAUCAGGGUCCUCAGUGUUCUAGAUUGCCCAGGCCCUCACUGUCACUUGAUCCCAGGGUCCUAUGUUCCCCAAAGAUCUUAUUAACCAGUGGCUCUAUGGUCCAGGACUUCUGUGCUUUAUGGGAUCACAAUCUAUCCAUAAACCCAUCCCCUAAGGUCUAUGGAAUGGUAAGUUCCCAAGGUCCUCAGAGUUCUGUGUCCCAAGGGUCCAGUCUUUCAGGGGUUUACAAGUUCUGAAUCAUAAAGUCAUCUAAUUCCAGGGUCCUCAGGGUUGUGUCAUUUAAUCCCAGUUAUCAUGUUCCCACUGACCCUUGGUUCCUUCGAUUUCAGCAUAAUACCAAUUUUUUUAUGUCCUAAGGAAUUUUUGUUGUUAGAUCCCUCAGGGUUCAGUGAUCUCAGGGGUCCAAUGGUAACAGGAUCCUAUGAUUUAAGAUUCCUUGUUUUCAGGGUCCUCCUGGAACAUAGGACCCUACCAUUCCACAAUCAGAGGAUCCUGUGUCCCCUUAGUCUUUUGGAUAAUAUGAUCCAAGAGUCCAUUGAUCAUGGGGUCCAAUGAUCUUAGGAUCCUUAGGGUCCAGUGACCCAGACUUAUUUGGCUUGAUAUAGUGGUCAGUAUUACCAAGGUCAUUUGGGUAUUAUGAUCCUUGUGUCCUUUGUUUCUAAUGGUCUUAUGAUCAGAUUUAGAAUUUUCUCCAUCGAUUAAUCUAGAAUAGAAUAAGGAAAGUAAAAAUAAAAGAUCACGGGGCAAUAAUCGAUCAGACCUGCUGGGAAACAAUGACACUUGGUGAAACAAGUGUGCUGGAAACAACUUCCGGAACCGUUGUCUCAUUGAAGUGGGCCAAAAUUACUGUCUGCUGUAUGUCAAGUCUUCAUGCCUGGCUUUGGCUCACUGCUCACAUGAAAGUGUCAUCAAUCUCCUCAUCAAACCCUCUCUUGCCUAGCUUUCACAAACUGUCAAAACAAACAAGGCUGUUACUCAGUAGCAUUUUAAAAAUUUUGAUCCUGAGUUAAAUUAUAUUUCAGCCCUUUUAUGAAAUAUAACUCACAGGUUCAUAUUUAAAGAUCUAAAAACCAAGUUUUCACAGAAUUUAGAAUUUCUAUUUAUCUAAAUGACUACGUGAACAUUUUGUACAUUAUUCUUUCUUAUAAACAAAUGUGAGGAGAUUAGAUGUGUUGCCACCAAGCUAACUGGAGAUCAGAUACAAUCAGCUCCAUGAUAAGACAAAAAGAAACAGAUCUGCAAUUUUGACUCGAGUGUUUGAGGAAAUGGUUUAUCAUUAGCCCUGAAUCAGAACUUCUCAGAGAAGGGGAGAGAUGCUAAACACUGUUGUAGAUUGACUCUGGCAGCCGUUACAGAAUCACUGUUGAAGAUAAACAAGAUUUUUUUCUUAUUUAUAUACUUUUGUAGAGCGUCUCCAGCCAGAUGACGUGAAAUCUCACUGAACUGUUGGCUUUUUGAGCAGAUGGAGAAUCCGUGGCUUCUGGGUUUUAUGUCGAAUUACGUGAGUCACGCAAGUCGUCAUGCCUCCUCCCACCCUCUAACCACUGUGUAUAAAAAAAAUCAGCAGAGAAUAAGUUGACAAAGCCGACAGAUGUUCAUCAGCUUGAGCUCUGUGUGAGAUUACAAAGGGUUAGAAAUCAUUUCUGAUCUGUUGCAGAUGUAUCCAAACUGGACUCAGAGUUUCUUCAAGUCUCUUAUUUCUCCAUUACUGCAGCUCCUGCAGGACAGACCGCAUUUAAACUUUAUUCUAAGGGUCCAAUUUUAAACAGAAUCAGCAUUUAUUAAGCUGGAAAUGUGUAUGUGUUUGCUAGCAAUGAUUACGGGCUGGUCAGAAGUAGAAGUACAGUUUGUGUUGAAAUGUGUGUAUAUAAGAGUGUUUAACAGGAUUAAAAUGUCUAUUUGAUUAAAUGUAUAGCUCUAUUAAGAGGUUUAGAGUUAAAAUUCUAUGAUGGAGGAUCUUUAGUUGCCAGAGCUGACCUGAGGACCAAAGCAGUGGAUUCCCUCACUCCCCCUUCAUCAUCCUGCAGAGGAUGCCUUAAAUAGCUCACAGUCCAAUCCCCCCUCCUCCUCCUCUUCCUGCACCACUGUCGCUCGUACAGCUCGUGUCGUAUUUUAAAGUAGAUUCUUUCAGGGCACACCUCACGUGUGGUUGAUAUGUGCUCGACAGUAACCCUACGUCUGGAGAGAUUUUAAACACCUUUAUUUGGUUUCAUAUCUUCAUGUUGAGGUGCAGCUUUCCAGGAGACAAAUGAAACAUACACAAGCUCUGUGUUCUGUGAACAUUCAGCCGUAUGGAGGCCUGCGCGGGACAAUGCUGCUAUAAUCCUGUUCCAUAUUUUAAAACAAACAGCGACAUGUCGGACGUGGGAUAGAAAAGCACAGUAUUUUUAAAGAUUUGUAUAGAGUUCUAUGAAAUUUUAUAGAGGUUAUCUGAACAACACACUGAUGCGUGGAUUGCCAAAAAAACAGAAAUACUAUAUACAUAAAAAUGUGAUUAUUAUUAGACUUCUGGGUUAUGUAAGAAGCAAUAUUUAUUCUGAAUGAAUCUCCUUGGUUGUAUUUUAUUUUCCCAUUUUAAAGCUACAUAUCAUGAUGCGUUCACUCGUCAGUGUUUUAAUGAAGUGUUGCCUAAAGUAGAUACUACUGCAGUUUAAGAUAUUUUGGCCAAUCAAGUGAAACCCAGGUAUAUGGUUGGCAGCAAGGGCGAAUACGCUGCAGCAGCAAUGUAUCAGUAUCAUAAGGAGAGAUGGGCUGCAACUUUAGGAUUAAAGCACAUUUAACAAUGCAAAAGUCCAAAAAUAUACAACACAAUGAGCUGCAAACCAACACAGAAAGCUGAUAAUGUUAAAAACACAGCUGAGGCUAUAAACCAGCUAUCAUAGUGGAGCUGCUUCAGGCCUGCAGGGGGCACUAACUGAAACUAGAUUAGUGAAAUUCUGAAUAACUGUUUAUGAAGUGAAUAAUUAUGCUGCUCUUUUGUUUCUUGAUAUGUAAACACUUAAAUCUACCUAACAGUCACAGCUGCCAGAGUUUUCAGAGACAGUUCAUUGUACCGUAAGCUGUAAACAGCAGCAGUAACUUGAACAAAUCUAACUAUUAUUAUUAUUACUGAGCACGAGGGCCAUAUGAAAGGAAAACAACCUGAGCUUUUGACUAUAGAGUUAUAAUAUUACAAGAAUAAAUUGAUGAAUGUUUGAAAUUGCAUCUGUAUGAGCAGAAGUCAUAAUAUUAAGAGAUUAAAGUUGUACAUUUACAAGGUAAAUUUUCCAAAUUAUUUUAUUAAGAUUGGAAAUAUAUGAGAACAAAGUUGAAUGAAGAGGGACUCACAUUAUUAUGAGUAUACAUGCACAAGAUUGUCAGCAUGAUACUGGUAUCAGCAGUUAUGAGCUCCUAAAGUUAUUAUUUCAAGUAGAUAUGAAAAUUCUGCCUAUAUUUAAAACCAAUAUAUCUGCUGUAAAUAACAAUCGUAAGAACACGUUUGUUGAGUUUAAAGCUGGAUCAACAAAUGACAUCAGCUGAAGUCUCUACUCUUUGUUCAUCCUCACUGCUUAAACUUCAAAUUGUGUUUUAAGGACAGAAGUUUCAGGCCUAAACUACAUUCAUAUUGGUAUGGACAUUAGUAGGGCUAAAAUGAAUUUGGAACUAUCUGCAUAGUGGCUAUCUGGUAUCAAUACUGGAUAAAAUCCAAUAUUAUACAUUCUUUAUUAUGAGAUUGAACUUGUGAAUUUACAGGGACAGUUAUAAAUUUGAAGACUGAAGUCCUAAAUUCAAUUUUAAAAAAGUUAUAAAAUUUAUAUAAAGUUAGAAAUCCACAAGGUUAAAGCUGUAAGUUUACUAUAUAAAUACAGUAAGUAAGCAAAAUUAAGGUUAUAAACAAACAAGAAUAAAAUGGUUAAUUCUAAAGUUUGAAAUGAAAAAAUUGACUUGAAACAAAAUGUUUAAAAAUUACCAGUUUAAAGUCUCCAAAGAAAAUAUUGUUGUGGAGUUUAACUUCCUUCUUUUAUAAAAACAACGUUCUAUUUUUCCAAGAUUGAAGUAAUAAUUUACAAAAUUUUAAAAAAUUAAAAUGGGAAAGUCAUACAUUUACAAGAUAAUAAAUAUAACAUGAGAGGUAUUUACAAAAAAAAAACCUUAAAUCAAUGAGUCUGAAGUCUUUAUUUUACAAGAUUUAAACCACAAUUUGAAUUUAAAUUGACUUCAAUUACAAUCCGAUGGUAAAAAAAAAAUAAUAAAGGUGAUAAUCAAAUCAGGGAAGUUUCCUCCAUUUAUAAAAUAAUUCCAAAAGGAAUUUUUUGAGGUAACCACAAAAUUCCUUUUAUAUAGAUGGUUUAUAUUAAAAAUCAAUGGCUCUCAUUGUCACUGAUAAGCUCAAAAUAUGUGUAUCUUUUUCAUCAUUUAUACUUACUAACAUGGAAAACAUUAUUGUCUUAGGAUCGAUAUUUUGGUUUUAUUUACAGCAGUGGUUCUCAACCUUUUUUCCACUGGGCCCCCCACCCCUUCUCAUAUCUAAGAAGAGCUGCCCCAGGACCUACACAAAAGAAGGGACAUAUUUCUGUCAAAGAUACACAUCAAUUUGAAUUGUUUUUAUUGUUUAAAGCCAACCAGAAUAGCCUAAAACAGAAGUGAUCUCACUAAAAGACCUUUAUAUGAACAUUUCACAAGUGUUUCAUCAUGAUUUUAGAUAGUAUGAAUGUAAUUUUAACAACCUUAGAACAGACAACCCUCUCAACCAUGAAAAGGAGGGUUCCCAGGUUGGGAGCCACUGAUUUAAACCAAGGACAUUAGAGAUACUGAAGUAUGAUUUAACUUUUGAUAUUAGUAUAUCUAGACAACUUUACUUUCAUAGAUUUAUGACAUUAAUCUGAUGAAAUUACAACUUUAAUCUCAGAAUUUUAAAGUAUAUUUAACAAAUUAGUCUCUGGUGUGUCUCUUGUUGGAAGUAAAAGUCCUAUUAGCGCCCUCUACAAGUCUGGAGCACUUCUGUUGUGACUGGAAAUUAACCGUGAAUGUUGCAUUUAUUUGCUACUUUUGUGCAUAUUUCUCCACAUUUUCUUAUUUAUUACAGCCUGUUUCAGAUGUUAAUCAGCUGCUUUUUUAACUACAGCAUCUUUUUUUUAAAUUGUAGCACAUUUCUGUUGGUGUUUCUGUUUUGGACUUUUGAAUGUGACUCUAAAAGAAGCAGCCCAUUUCUCUUCACUGCCGCUUCAGCGUGUUUGUCCUUGUAGGCCACCGUACAGUUAUCUUCUGACGACCACCAUCUCAUCUCCUGAAAUCCCUCAAUCUAGAGUGUGUGUAUUUAAAAAAAAGCAAAAAUGUGUAAAUUUCUAAAAAAAAAAAUAUCUGCAGGCCAUCUUGGUAGAACUAUAUGAAACCUAUAUAUAUGUAUACAUACAUAAAUCCACCAAAAAGAGUAGAGGUGGCCGCGGGUCACUGACAGUUUUCUCUGUUGUAGAUCUGAGUAGAUGUAGAAGAAUCUUUAAAAGCAUCACCGUGGCGUGGAGCUUCACCGGCCGUGUUUAAACAGGCACGGCUCACUAACCCACCUCCACCCCCCCUUUGAAACACUGCUCCCACCUUUCUCAUCGUCCAACAUUUGGGUAACUGUUUCUUUUACGCUUUCUUUUCUUAAUUGAUUAAUUUAUUUUCUCAUUGAUAGAUUUUAUUCUUUGAUUAAGUCUUCAUAGAGGCUAAGAUGUUUUUUCGGUAAUUUGUGCAGAGACUUGUGUUCAUGUUUUCUAUGUUGCUGUAAUUUUGUGCUACUGAAUCAUCAUAGAGUCAACUAAUUACUGAAAUGAAAAGAGAGAGAAAUUUUCCUGUAACUGCACUCUUCCUCCCCCUGCCCCCCCCCCCCCAAAUCCUCAAGAUUUCUUGUAUGGCAACCAAAAUUCACUGUAAGA